GAGAGAAGCCGUGUGUGCGGGCUCUAGUUGGCGGAAGCGCCGUGAUUCCUUGGCACACCCCAAGUCAACUCUACAGCCGCGGUAACUUGAGGCGUGAAGGCAAUCGACACGAGGGGCAGUCCAUCACGACCUAGCAUUGAUCUGGACGGCGAGCUACUGCCGCUGUGGCAUUCUGAUCGACCCAGGGCAGACGACACGACCCUCAUUGGUACUACCCUCAACUCGGCGUUAAUCCUCAAUCAUGAUGCUUUCGUGCACUGGGUGACGUACAACCGCCGCCUCCCUCUGCCCAAGAUGCAAGGGCGUGUGUACUGUAGAGAAUAUGGCAUCGAGAGCACCGGGGCCAUUCUUGGGCUGACUAUUCAAAUGGCGCAGAGUAUAAAGGUCGAUGAUUCUUCGUGUCUGUUUGUCCGCCUCUUCAGCCCCGACGCGUACAGAUUGCGCUGUCUCGCCUGAACAUGCCCUCAUAGCUCUAGGACAUAAUUGGGCAACUGGAUCUCGUACAACACUGCCGAGUCCUCCCAGCGCGAACGGGAAAAGCUGUCUGUCUACAUAGGGAAGACGUCUUUCGCUGACGACCAAAGCCGAGCGGCCCAAACACCGCCUGCCUGGUGCUCGUCAUUGGAUGGACUCAAGCAAACCGCUCGAGUACGAUUUG